AUGGCGGGCGGCAAGGCUGGCAACCUCAAUGCAGAUGACGCUGGAGCAAAAGGGAAAUCUCAAGAGCCAAUAUAUUUGCCAUCUAUCGACUCCUCCCCUCCCGUCGAGCCGUCUGCGCAUAUCCAUGCUUGCCAAGUUAAUGUCAAGGUGCGGGAUCUAUCCAUCAGUGUCGAUCCGGCAUCUCUAUCUCCAUUUUCUUCGCUAAACACCCUACAAUCAAGGCUCUUCAAUCAGAGUGCGAAGUUGUCGUCUAAACAGAUUCUCAGAGAUGUCUCAGCAGAUUUGCCAAAGUGCAGUUUGACGGCAAUUAUUGGAGCGAGUGGUAGUGGGAAGACGUCCCUGCUCAAUGCCAUCUCCUAUCGCGUCAAGGACAAAGCAUUUCAGAAGUCAGGCACUGUUUAUUAUGAAUCAUUGGCCAUAGCAGCGACCAAUGAUAAUGCCCGCUCCAACAGUGGAAUGGCAUAUGUCAUGCAGCAAGACGUACUCCUACCGAGCUUGACGGUGCGGGAGACAUUGCAAUUUGCCGUCGAUCUGCGCCUCUCCACGAGUAGAACCAAAUCCGAACGACGAAACAUGGUCGAGAACGUCAUUCAGGAACUCGGACUGAGUGGGUGCGCUGAUACGAGGAUAGGUGAUGACGCCCACAAAGGUUGUAGUGGAGGAGAGAAGAGACGCACCAGCAUUGGUGUUCAGCUUUUGGCAGAUCAACCUGUUCUUAUUCUCGAUGAACCGACAACGGGUCUAGACGCCGCCUCUGCCCUCCAAGUCGUCAAGACAUUGAAGGCACUUGCCAAACGAGGUAAAACUGUGAUCAUGACUAUUCACCAGCCAAGAUCAGAGAUUUGGGGACUGGUCGAUCAUCUGAUCCUCCUCUCCAGGGGUGAGACAGUCUACUCGGGAUCAGUGAUAGCCUGCCUACCAUACUUCGAAUCUCUUGAUUAUAGGAUGCCGGCCUUCCACAAUCCAUUCGACUUCAUCAUUGACCUUGCAGCGGUGGAUCUCCGGUCACAGCAGGCUGAAAACACCUCACUCGAACGUGUCCAUCGUCUUCAAGAAGCAUGGAGGACAAAGCCUCCUCAUAUCCUCGAGCGGUUGCCCGCAACUGUUGGUUAUUCCAGCUUCGACGGUAAAAGGGACACGAGCCUUCCCAACAGGGCGAAUGAGUUAUGGCAAGAGACACUCAUACACACCAAAAGGACAUUGAUCGUGACAUGCCGAGAUCGUCUUGGUCUCCUUGCCAGCAUGAUCGAGUCAUUAAGCAUGGGAGUUAUGAGCGGAUGGAUCUUCUACCAGCUCGAUACAGAUCUAGCAGGCAUCCGGUCCAGACAAGGAGCCAUGUACUCAGCCUGCGCGCUUCAAGGCUACCUGAUUUUACUGUUUGAGACAUAUCGAUUGACGAUCGACAUCACCACCUACGACCGUGAGCGAAUCGAAGGUGUUGUCAAACCAAUCAGCUUCAUCAUCAGCAGACGAGCAUCUCGCUUUAUACUCGAAGAUCUCCUGGUCCCAUUCUUUUACUCGCUUAUUUUCUACUUCAUGGCGGGGUUUCGCGCGGAAGCCGGUCAAUUCUUCACUUUCUUCGCCAUCCAGCUACUGCUCCAUCUUAUUGCGGUUAAUUUGGCAACUGUUUGCGUCGCACUGAGCCGGCAGUUUAUGAUCGCGUCACUCUACGCAAAUCUGUCGUUCACACUUCAGAGUACUGCCUGUGGGUUUUUCGCAAACACUCGUUCAAUUGCAAUAUGGCUGCGCUGGAUAAAGUGGACAGCGUACACUUUCUAUGCAUUUGGUGCCCUCUGUACGAACGAGUUCUACGGCAAAACGUACGACUGUCCGAGCGGCGACGGAGCCCUCGAUCCGAUUUGCAGAGAGUAUACAGGAGCGUACAUCUUGGCGUCGCUCAACCUACCAUCGAAUUGGUUAUGGCGACCGAUCGUUGUGCUCUUUGGCUUUGUCGUUUUUCUAUUCAUUCUAUCUGGAUUGAUACUGUACAUGCAGAAGACGGAGGUCGAGAUGGCGAAGAUUCACGGGAGCGAGGCGCCGGACUCUUCUGAGGGUGUCCAACUCGGGCGGCCGCUUGGUGACGAACAUGGAAUCAGAGUGAGCCUUCAAGGCUUUGGGCUAGAAGUGGACGCCGCGCGGGUUUUCAGACACAAGGUCACGAAGCGCAUCUUCAAGGAUGUAAGCACGACAUUUGAGCCCGGCGUAUUGAAUGUCAUCAUGGGGCCAUCGGGUUCGGGGAAAUCCUCGUGCUUGAACGCCAUGGCAAGAAGACUAUACAAUUCCUCUCUUGUCAGAUAUUCGACGUCGGGCCGGAUGCUUCUCAAUGGAUCUACGGCCACGGACGACGUCGUCACUUCCAUCUGCUCCUACGUCCCGCAAGAUGACGGUGGUCUGUUAUCGUCUUUGACGGUUCGAGAAACACUUCACUUUGCAGCAGGUCUGCGUUUACCUCCGUUCAUGAGCCACAAGCAGAAAAUCGAACGGGCGGAGUCAGUACUGCUCAAGCUUGGACUGAAAGACUGCGCGGACACCCUGAUUGGAAACGACUUGAUCAAAGGUAUCAGCGGCGGAGAGAAGCGCCGAGUCUCAAUCGCGGUCCAGAUCCUCACUGACCCUCGCGUUCUCUUGCUGGACGAGCCUACCUCUGGCCUCGAUGCAUUUACGGCACUCUCGAUCAUCGAAGUCCUAAAGAGUCUGGCGAAUGAAGGGAGAACGAUCAUCUUCUCCAUCCACCAGCCGCGAUCGGAUAUGUUCAAACAGUUUGGCGGGGUCCUUCUGCUCGCCAAAGGUGGAGAUGUCAUGUACAACGGCCACGCAUCCGACAUGGUUUCCAGUCUCGCCCGGCAAGGCUAUGUGUGUCCCGAAUCGGCCAACCCGGCUGAUUUCGCUCUCGACGUGAUUUCAAAGACCGGAACCGGAACCUCACAAGAACAAGAGAAAAAGGGGACGGCGGCUGCAGCACCAGAUCUCAUGUUACAAGACCUUGUUCUGACAUCUCCUCAACAGCCACCCGUCCCGCCAACACCACCAAAGGAAGCCCACCUAACCCUGACCGCCAGUCUGGGAACCUACAUGCGCACGCAGAUCCCAUUCAGCCACGCAUUCCCAAUCCUCCUACAACGUGGCAGCCUCAAUCUCCGUCGACAGCCCAAUCUCCUCCUUGGGCGGAUCAGUCAGCUAGUUGGGCUGGGCAUCGUGCUGACUGCCUUCUUCGCACCGCUGAAAACGGACUACUACUCGGUCCAAACCCGCGUCGGCUACGUGCAGUCCAUGUCGAGCAUGUUCUUCAUCGGCAUGCUGAACAGCAUCGCGCUGUACCCGGCGGAGCGCGACAUCUACUACCACGAAGACCGCGACGGCACGUACCCGCUCGAGGCGUUUUUCCUGUACUACUCGGCCAUCGAGGUGCCGAUGGAGCUCAUCGCGUCGUGUAUCUUUAGUCUGCUGACGGUGUUUGCGGUGGGACUGCCACGCACUGCGAGCAUGUAUUUCCUCUUCGCGUAUACCUCCUUCUGCGUCGUGAGCUGCGGCGAGAGCUUUGGCAUGAUUUUCUUCACCCUGUUCUCGCACACAGGGCUUGCGGUCAGCGUCAUGACCGUCGUACUUUCCAUCUCGGUCCAUCUCGGUGGCGUGCUGAGUAUUGGCAUCGACUCAUUUCUGUCGGGCAUCAAUCACAUCAGUCCCGUCAAGUGGCAGGUCGGUGCCUUGUCGAGCUACAGCUUGCAAGGGAUAGAGUUCUCUUGCACGCCGGAGCAGCAGCUUGGCGACGGAAGGUGUCCCAUCGAGACUGGAGACCAGGUCUUGGAUUUGUAUCGAUUGAACGUCGACACGACCAAAUUUGCCCUGGCCCUGUUAGGCGUCACUAUCGGGUAUCGACUGCUGGCCUAUCUUGGCUUGAAGACUCGAAAGUUGGAGUGGAAGUCGUUGGUGCCCGGGUUGUUGAAGACUGGGAAGGUAGAUAGGAAUCAAUGA